AUGCCUAGUCGAUUCGGAAACCUGGCCAAUUUGGGCCACAAACACCACGAAGAAGGUCAUCACAAGGAAAUUGGAGCACAAUCUCCUAUUCCAAACAGUUCAGUGAUGACUCACUCGAAUAGCUCACGUCGCUCAUUCUUUGGGUUAAACCUGGGCAAGAUGACUUCGAACGAGUCUCACGACUCGUUUCAGUCGGAUGAUCAUCAUGGUCAUCAUAAUCACCAUCUGUCUCACCACGAGGGGGACCGUCGAGUUCCUCAGAGAAAUGCCUCAAUGGUCCAAUUAAAACGGUUCUUUAGACCUUCCAAAAAGCACGAGCUUGAAGGAUUGGGUCACUCGUCUUCAGGAAACCGUAUUUUCGAGUCUACAUCGAAAGAUGUUUCUCCAAGGGUUUCCCACUCAGAACUUGCUUCGCCUACAUUUACGCACGAUGCCAAGAAUAAUAUGAUUGUUAAGCCUGACCCUCGUUUCUGGGAUGAUUUGGAGGGUUCCCUGACCAAAAAAUACGGAAAACUAGGAAAAGUUUUAGGUUCGGGAGCAGGCGGAUCUGUCAGAUUGCUUGUCCGAGAAAGUGAUGGGCUAACUUUUGCAGUGAAAGAAUUUGUUCCUCGGAGACCAAAUGAGAGUAUCAAAGAGUAUGCUAGAAAGUGUACCGCCGAGUUCUGUAUUGGAAGCACUCUGCACCAUCCAAACAUCAUCCAAACCAUCGACAUAAUCAGUGAGCACAAUCAGUAUUUUGAGGUUAUGGAAUAUGCUCCAAUCGACUUUUUUGGCGUCGUGAUGGCUGGCAAACUCACUCGCUCAGAGAUUAAUUGCUUUUUAAAGCAGAUCACCAUGGGAGUUCAAUAUCUACAUUCUGUCGGAUUGGCUCAUCGAGAUUUGAAACUGGAUAACUGUGUUGUUACCACUGAAGGAAUACUGAAGUUGAUUGAUUUCGGAUCAGCUGUGGUGUUCAAGUAUCCGUUUGAAGACGAAGUUGUCUAUGCUCAUGGUAUAGUUGGAUCGGAUCCGUAUCUUGCACCGGAAGUGUUGACUUCAACGGAAAGCUACGAUCCCCAAUUGGUGGAUAUCUGGUCUAUUGCUAUCAUUUACUGUUGUAUGACCCUUCGAAGAUUCCCUUGGAAAGCACCAAAGCCUGAAGAUACUAGUUUCAGACUAUACUGUCAAGAAGAUGAUGUUCCUCACGAUUACGUUGAGAGCGCAAGACAUCACAAACAGCUAUUGGCAGAGAGAAAGAAGAAGCUUGAGCAGCGACAGAACGACGAGAACGUGAAGCACCAGGCAGUCGAGCACUUGAGUGAAAAGACUUCUCAGUUGAACAUGAGCAAGGAGGCAAUCGAGAUCAAGGUUCAGAAGGAAGCCGAGAAGCCAGAGACCAAGCCCGAGCCAAGCAAGCUAGCAGAGUCUGUUCAACCUGUGGAGCAGAACCAGGUUGACCCACCGGCGGAAGUUCCGAAGGAAACCGCGCCUGAGCCGGAAGACAAGAAAGAGGAAGGUUCUGAGCAGCCAGCGGAGAAGAAGAACGACGACGACUUCGAUCUGAGCAAGCUGCCUGAUCCAUCACUCAUAGCUGUUGAUCCAUUGAAGCUCCAUGAAGUCGAACGCGAGCAUAGGAGAGAACACCGCCACGAGGAGAAACAAGAACAGCCUGAGCGGCGUCACGCGGGUGCUUCGCGCUCCCACGGGCAGAUCCACGGGCCGUACCGACUAAUGAGACUGUUGCCUCACGCAUCCAGACCUCUGAUUUCGCGGAUGCUCAUGGUGGAUCCUGCCAAACGUGCCACAAUGAAAGAUAUAUUUGACGAUGAAUGGUUUUCUGAAAUCAGAUACUGUACCAUUGACGAGAAGGGCAAUACCGUCAACGACCCUACGCACAAACACAAUCUCGAAUGUUGA